UUUGAAUUUUGUAUUAGAUUUUUAAAGUUUGCACCUUAAUUUCUGGGUAUAAUUGCUGAAAUAAAAACCUGAAAUGGAGACUAAAGUUCAUAGGUUUAGGUAUUAUAAUCCUAAACCAGAAUCAAUUGUUUGUGUUUCACAUAAUAAAAGCAACAAAAAACUAGCUUUGGCUAGAAAGAAUGCGUCAAUUGAAAUAUGGGACAUAAAGCAUGCUCCAUUCCUCUUACAAUUUAUACCAGGUGCUGAAAAUGCUUCUAUUGAAGCUUUAGGUUGGGUGAAUGAUAGACUUCUAUCAACUGGUCUUGGAGGUGCAUUAUUGGAAUGGGAUCUUGAUACUCGUUGUAUAAAGAAAACUGUUAUGCUCACUGGUUAUGCAGCUUGGUGUUUAGAUGUUAAUCACAACAAUACAGCAGUUGCAGUUGGGACAGAGCAAGGCUAUGUUAAUAUCUAUUCAGUUGAAAAUGACGAUAUAGUUUAUCAAAAGCUGUUUGACAAACAAGAAGGUAGAAUACUGUGCUGUAAAUUUGAUAAGACUGGCAAUGUUCUUGUGACAGGUUCUAUUGACACUAUCAGAGUAUGGAAUGUAGAUUCAGGACAUGCAACUUGUCGGAUUUCUUGUAAAAGAAGAGGGAAGGAGGUUAUAGUAUGGAGUGUUGGAAUAUUGUCUGAUAAUGUUAUUGUUGCUGGCGAUAGUCAUGGUAGACUCAGUUUUUGGGAUAGUGUAAUGGGAGAUCAGAUUGAGUCAUUUGCAACACAGAGAGCAGAUAUAUUAUCUGUGGCAAUAUCAGAUGAUGAAAAAUCACUAUACUGCAGUGGCAUAGACCCAAUAAUAACAAUGUAUGUUAAAGUUGACAAUACUGGUGACCAGUCUGGAAUACAAUGGGUCAAAAAUAUACAAAGAAAUAUUCAUGAACAUGAUGUGAGAGGACUUGUCAUUAGCGGUGAAAGGUUAAUAUCAGUGGGGGCAGAUGGAUAUUUAACACUGUCUAGUUACCCACCAAAAAAAGUUAUGAGAAUCCCACCUAUGAUACCCAGCCCUCGUACAGCAUUUUGUGCCCUGAAAAAAUCACUCCUACUUAGGUAUAGUAAUCACUUGGAAGUGUGGCAACUCGGAUCAUAUGCACGAGACGAUAGCGGCCAAAUAAUAGUUGACAGUAACAUCAAAGAAGAAACCCAAAUAAAGAAAUCAGGGGACUUAGAGAAUGAUACAACUCUCUUCCAUAUCAACAACCAACAAAAGGAAAGAAGCUUAAAAGUAACUGAAGAACCCAUUAAACUAGUUUCGAUACAAACAAAAUCAAAGAAACAAAUUGUAUGCUCUGAAAUGUCGCCAAAUGGAGAUGUCAUUGUGUAUUCUACAGAGAGUGAUAUAAGAAUGCUAAAAUUGGAUGAAGACCAGGGUAAUAUUUCGUUAAGCAAAGUCAUUAUAAAUGGUGUGAAGGCGUGCGAUCGAAUUGUUUUCACAGAAGAUUCUAAAAAAAUGAUUGUGCAUCAUAAUUCAGAGCUGUUCCUUCUUCAAGUAGACCCUGAUGCUGGGGCCUCUGUUACACACGCUGUAUCAACUGUUAAACAUUUAAAAGGCAAACCCAUCCUUCAUCUAGUGAUAUCUGAAAAGUACCCACAAGGUUAUAUUCUGGCUAUAGCCAAUGUUAAAGGUGAUAUAUCAGUGUGGGGGCUGAAGAAUAAAAAAUUGUGUCACAUGUAUGAUGUGCCGAAACACACUUGUAUACCAUCCAGUAUGGCGAUAAUAAACGGCCUACUUGUGAUAGCUUAUGUUGACCAAAAGGUGAUAGAAUACGACAUAAUGAAGGAAAAGAUGUGGAGUUGGCCCCAACACGGCAGCGUGCCAUACUGGGCGAGCCGCAACAUGGCCGCCAAGACGAUAAGCAAACAUCCCGCGAGAAACGCGUAUGUUUUUACCGAUGAGGUGUCCCUUUGGGCGGUGGAAAAAACUGCUAGCCAGUCCGUCGAACCAAACAAAAAAAAGCUUCCAAUGAAAAAUAACGACAGAUUAGGGGUCAAUGUGAUGCCAGUUAAGUAUUUGGCGGGAUUCCACUGGAUAGCGGAAGACGAAGCAGUGAUCGUAGAAGUACUGCCAGAGAACAUAAUUAUGCAAUUACCUCCAGUUAUGGUUACUAAGAGACACAAUAUAUCAACAAAAAUAUAACAUUUUCAUUCAAAAUUA